AAUUUUCUUUUGAGUAGUUUUUUUAUUAGAUCAAAAUGUUAAUAUUCUUAUUAUAUAUUUUAAAUCCCCUGUUUUCUUAAGUUCGACUUGAAUAUGGUAAAACAUUUUUCAAUAAAAAAUAACAUUUAAGUUGCCGAUUCUUGUGGGUAAAUCAAACUGGGUCGGGUUUUGAAAUUAGUCGGGUUACGGCGGGUUGGUUUUUCCAAUUUCAGAAAAACCCUGGAUUUCGAUUUCUUGUGGUUUGGGGAGUUCCUUCUGCGGCUGCUUAAACUCAACAAAAAAUGGCUAAAAUCCCUCUGAGAAAUCUGCUCUCUCUAACCCAAAAACGCUUCCUUCAACGGAACCCAGCCCCUUCUUCUGCUUCAAAACCGCCUCCUUUAAAAUCCGCUCUUUCACCCUUCCCAAAAAGCUCUCCAAAUUCCAAGUCCGUCCUCAACUGUUUGAAAUCUUAUGGAUUCGAGAAUACCCAAAUCGCCAUAUUGGUUCAAAAACACCCUAAAAUCCUCAAUUGCAGAGUUAACACAAAGCUCAAGCCCAAGCUUGAAUAUCUCAUCCAAAAGGGUUUUAUGGGUAAGCUUUUGCCUGAACUCGUUGUGUCGAAUCCUUUGAUUCUCCUUCGAAGCUUGGAUUCUCUUAUCAAGUCAUCUUUUGAGUUUUUAUCCCCUUUUCUGAAUGGUGAGGAACUGUUGGUUGCUAUUAAACGAUCUUCGUGGUUAGUGACUUUAAAUUGGAAUACUGUUUUACAACCAAAUGUUGAUUUUCUGAUUAGAGAAGGGAUUUCUGCUAGUAGGAUAUCGAAAUUGUUGGUAUCACAGCCUAGAGCUCUCUUGCAAAGCCAUGACAGAAUAGUUUACGCGGUUAAAACUGUUAAAGAAAUAGGUCUUGAACCAAAACAGCUUAGGUUUAUACAUGCUCUUAGGGUGAUUUGUUCGAUGAGCAAGUCGAAUUGGACGAAAAAAGUGGAGGCUUUUAUGAGUUUGGGAUGGAGUAAGGAGGAAGUGUUGAAUAAUUUUAGGAAAGAUCCUGUGUGUUUAACUUGUUCUGAGAAAAAACUUAGGUAUUUGAUGGAUUUUUAUGUGAAUACUAUGAAGCUGGAUUUAAAGACUAUCAUUGCAUACCCGAAAUUGCUUCAUUAUUCAGUCGAUAAAAGGAUUAUUGCGAGGUAUAAAGUUUUGAAGGUUUUGGAGGCGAUGAAGCUGAUCAAAGAUGACAAGAAGAUUGUUUGGGUGAUAGCAAUGACUGAAAAGAAAUUUUUGAAGGAAUAUAUUACUAAGCAUAAGGACAAAGUUCCAGGUUUGUUGGAUAUGUACCAGCAUGCGGCUAAGCAAAGAAAAACAACCAAAGGCAAGAACGAAAAAUUGGAUCCCAAAUCAGCAAGUUUGACCCCUGUAAUGUAGAUCAUAAUCUACCUAGACAUUCCUUUUGACUGGUUCCUAAUGUACUAUGGUGCUGUCAGUUUGAUCGCUUAAUAUCAUCUCUGUGGCCAUUAGCUUUUUAUUUUUCUUGAUAGUAGUUUGCAUAUGGUCAUUUUAUUUUGUUUUUUGAUUAUAAUCCAUCUACAGGCAACUCUUUGCUUUAUUUUAAAAUCUUGCUUUGAGUGGAAUUCCUUUGGGUAAUCCUUGAUAGAUUGAAAAACUCAUAAUAGUUAGCUUCAUAUCUUACUGGGAUUGAGAUGAAUUAUGUUUAGGAAUUGGAACUUUUAUUUUGAGAUAACUUAGGUCUUGUUUAGCUUCAUAGUAUUUCUCACUUUUGCAAAUUUUCAUUCUUUACUCUUAAAGUGUCUUUUGUUGAGAUACAUAUUCGUUUUUCAUUUUUCAGUGUCGGUAGCCUGCGAUUUCCAGUUUUCUAGCA